UUCUGCCAUGGAGGAUGCUCGAGCGGAGCGAGUUCGCUCUUUCAAGGGUAAACCGGUAAAUUACGCCGGCACGGUCGCGUGUUUGUGUUGUAAUGGUAAUAAGGUAACGAUCGGAAACCUUGCGGUUUAGUGCAAUCCGUUUAGCGGAAAGCGCCCACUCGUAAGCCGCUCGAUGCCCGACCAUGAGUUGGUGCGUGUGCGUGUCUCGGUCGGCAGUUCAGUUCGGGAAGCUCAAGCGCACGCUGACCUGGCCAUGCGUGCGCCGCAUGUGCGCCAGCGGCGGCGCGAGCUCGCGAGAGAAGAAGAACCGGACGGUGCUCAUGUACGUGACUUCGAUGACUGUGCUCGUCGGUGGGCUCAGCUACGCGGCCGUACCGCUGUACAGGAUGUACUGUCAGUCAACGGGCCGGGGCGGCCAAGCGUUUGCGGUCGAAGCCGGUGAGAAAAUAGAGAAGAUGAACCGCGUGAGCCAUCGCCAGAUCAGGGUCACCUUUGCUGCCGACACUGGCUCCGGACUGCGCUGGAACUUCAAGCCACGGCAGCUGGACAUUGUGGUUGCCCCAGGUGAGACUGUGCUGGCCUUCUACACCGCUCGCAAUCCAGGCGACAAGCCUGUGGAUGGCAUUGCCACGUACAACAUCCUGCCCUUUGAGGCCGGAAAGUACUUCAACAAGAUCCAGUGUUUCUGUUUUGAAGAGCAGCGCCUGAACCCAAAUGAACAGGUGGACAUGCCGGUGUUCUUCUACAUUGACCCGGAGUUUGCGGCCGACCCGCUGCUAGAGACCUGUAACGACAUCACGCUGUCGUACACCUUUUUUGAGGCCAAGCCGGGCAUACAGCUGCCACUGCCCACCAUUCGGUGACGGCACCGACGUGACCCGGCAUCUAGUCUCCUUUCCCCUGCAACGUGUUGCAGGAAGCGUUCACGCUGGUUAGAGUGCAAAAUGAAUUGUGUGUUGUGACGAGCGUUUGGCAGCAUUUGAAUGAUGGCCAUGUGACACACCCGCUCAGGGAUUGUUUGGCAUUUGGCUGCUGGCCUUAGAGGUCGCGGGUUUGUUUCUGGGCUGCUGCGGCUGCAUUCCAAUGCGGGCGGAAUGCAAAAAACAUUCACAUAUUUAGCGCUGGGUGCAUGUUAGAGAACCUGACGUGGCUAAAUUCAUGUAACAGUCCCUGCUUUGCUUUGGAAUGUUACAUGCAAAAAAUAAGCAGUCACUGUCUCUGACAGAAUUUUAUAUUGGCUGAGCUCAUUAGAGCAUUGAGAGCCAGGAAAUCAGCCUGUGUUACCAAAAGUUUGCUGCAACAGGCACCUUUGAUUUCUGGCAUUCAAACAAGAGUACAACUGAACCUCAGUAGAGUUGAUUUUAACAAAGCAAAGCAUCCUUUGGUUCUUAGCAGGCACUUUGUGUGGUGGUAGGUAGGUAGUCAGGUUCCUGUCUCGCCUCGGUCCUUUGGGCCUCCUCAAUAAGACUCAAUAAAAUAUAUUAUGUGUCCAAUGGUGUGAUUUAAAACAGGGUCCUUCAGCUGAACAGCCCGAUGCUGUACACUUCAGGCCGCAGACAUAUGCAUGGAAUGGUAGAAUAACCUUACCGCUUUCAUUUACUCCCUGCCACAGGAGCUCAGUGGUUACGGUGUUGCACUGCUCAGAUUGACAUCACGAGUUUGAUCCUGGCCACAGCGGUUCACAUAACGAUUUUUGUGGAAUACCAAAAAAUGCCCGAUGAUUUACUCCCUAGUGCGAAAUUUGAGCGCAACUGUAUACAGUAGAACCCUGUUGAUACACUUUUCUAGGGACCGCGAAAAAAAAAUGUAACAGCCGGGAAAACUGUGAGGACGGCCAGACAUCGCCACAGCUAUGUCAGAAACAGUUGUGAAUGGCUGCCCGUACAGUUAUUAGAUGUCUCAACGCUCGUGCCGUGACCGAGCGACCGAGCACCGUCCUUGGUGCGUGUGCAUGUGUAUAAUUAAGGGAACAUGUACAAAGUUUGGCGACAGUGGCCCCUUUUAACUCUUCGUAUGCUUGACCACGAUAUUUUACUUAUGCUUCACGCAAAACACGGCUCCAUUGCGGUGAAGCUGACUUGAGAGAACAAGCCAUUAUGCUACUUAUAAAAGACCCUUGCCGGUUCCAAAAUAAAUGCACCGCUACACGGUGGAUCUGCCCCAGUGUGCAUGGUUCCCGGUAGGCUUGAAUAGAUGCACACUUUGUUUCGGGUGCUUCGCCAACUGCUCUAUGCACAUGUGCAGCGCCUGGCUUGUGCAACCUUAGCCGGUUAUUGCAAGCUGUGGUCGCUUACUGCGAACUUUGGUCAGUUACUGCAACUUUGGUCACUUACUGCAAACUGUGGUCACUUACUGCAAAUUUUGGAAGCUUAAUGCAAACUUUAAUUGCUUACUGCAAACUUUGGUCGCUUACUGGAAACUUAGGUUGAUUAUUGCAAACUUUGGUCGAUUGCUGCAACGCACUGGUCCCUUGUUGCAACGUACAAGCUGGCUGCACCGCUACAUAUAAGUGACCGCUACGUUCAAACGCAACAUAAGAUGCAGAAACAUUACAGAUUGGCGACAUAGGUUCUGCUUCCGUAAUACAUGGAAGUCAAUGGGAGUUGGGUCGGGACUGCAAAAACACGACUUAGCAGCCAGGAAAACGCAGCACUGAGGAACGUAUCAACGGGGUUCCACUUUACAUGUUUUCAAUUAGGGAUAUAUUGAGGCAAAGAAUUUUAGAGCGAUAUCACCGCACUGACUGGUAGUGGGCCAGUGCUGUCAGCACCUUCGCAGAGGGAGGGGCAGUAAGGGAACACUGGCACGAUGAGCGGCAUCGGAGCCAUCCGUGGAAGAAGACGACGACGAAUGUGCAAGCAGUCGCACGAGCGCAUUCGCGUUGAUGCGAGACGCAGCACGAAGGUCAAUUCGCUCUCUGCGGCUGCGCUUCCUCACUCCAGCAUCUUCACAGUGAGUUUCCGCGGUCAUCGAGUGAGAUGCGCUCAUGUUUGCUUGUGCGCGUGACACCAUGCUUGUUCAUUUAGUCAGUAUGCCUAUCCGAAAAAACUACUAUCCUUACUGCGUCCACUAAUUUGUCGCUAUCGAUGCUUCGCGAUUUGGGUGAAACUACAUCUUUAACAUAUAUAUAUAUAUAUAUAGACCAUCUCAAUCGACGUCACCUUCUGAAUGAUAAUGCCGUCUUACUGAAUGGGUGAAGCCCAGAGAUAGUGCAAACUGGUCCUGGAGAUAGUGCACACUGAGGAGGCCCAGGGCAACCGAGGCAGACGAGUACAGAUGUUAGCUCCAACACAAACAAAAUGGUGCCAAUGUAUGUACUGAGUGCAGAGACAGGUGCAGAAUAAGCGUCAAGCUGGGCAGGAACGUCUUUGAUGUGCAGCAAAGUGUGGCGUAGAAUAUUAGCGCAACCUGGCUUGUGUACGGGAAGUGGAGCCGUGUUUAGUUUCAGUAAGGAGCACCAUGGCGUUAGGCAAACGUUUGGCCCAGAAAUGUGAAGGUGGGUGGCGUUGAUGUGCAGUGAUGACACAGAUGACUUGGUGAAAACGCGUCCAACUUCGUCCUGCGCUCUAGAGUUCCAGACUGUUGGUAAAAAAGAACUGCAUUUCUUGCAAACACCAAAGAAAGCAUUGCUUGAAUUCCCAAAGCGCAUGGGAUCUACAAGCUUUUUUUAUGUAAAGGCAGAUACAGUCAAUUCUCAUUAAUUAGACAUCAGUUAAUUCAACUUUUUUCUCAUUCGAACGCAUAAUUCGGUAGUCCUGGCCACAAACUAUACAUUACUAUAGAUGCUAUGCAAAGAAAACUCAGUUUAGUUCAAAUGCAAAAGCAUGCCACUUCAGUUAAUCGAUCCCUACCGGCCCUCCUCAUGCGUGCAGUGGUUACUACAAGCUUGAAAACACAAGAAAUUCAGCUGACAGCGCUACUGCUUCCCCAGGUGUGAAGUUCCUUAUUUUUUGCUUUCAGUGGCUGGCAGUCCUUCCAUUCAUAAAGCCAUCCGUUCACGGUUGUGACACAUCGCAACCCAAAUUCAGUAGUCUACUCCAUCCAUUCUAGCAUGGCGUCACCUGGCAAUUACGUAGUGCUGUCUAUGGCCGUCAAGAAAUCCUUCAGUGUCUCUUAAUUUUAAAAAAGGUUUGGUAUCGUUGAUUUUGCCGCUCUUUGCUAGUUCGACCUAAAUCUUGUCCUGCAAGGGUCGAAUCAACUGGAGUCGGACUGUACUGAGACAAGAAAAAAAGAACUUGAACCUAGAGGCACAAUAGUUGAAAACAUUCGUUUGCAGCUGCCAGGAUUAAGAAUGAGAUGAAUUACACAGGUCAAUUUCAGCAGUCAAUGAGGCAAUUUGCCAUGCCGGAAAUGAGCAGGCAGACCUCCAGUCGAGAUAAGUUCAACUUGAAAGCCCUGUUCAAAUGAACAUUGCAUCUUGUUUCCAGUUUCAUCAAGAUUAGCAUGGAGAAUGUAGCUCCCUUCACAAAGAUAAUUACAAGUUCUCACUCAAAGGAAUUGUUUAUAGACGACUAGUUUGAAUGCUCUUGGGGGCCUCUGGAACUCUAAACCACAGCUUGUCUUCAGCUGUGGUUCAGCUGCAAUGCGCGGAGGACAUCACCAACUGUUCCAUUUUCUUGCUUUACUCAGCUAUGGUCAAUGUGAACUCUGCAAGAGUUUAUAGGUUCUGUUUCCAGUGGUGGUAACUGAAUUCUAAUUGGGACGAAAUGCAAACACUCUUGUACAGUGCCUUGGGUGCACAUAAAAAAAAGACGGCUUCUCAAGAUCAUUGUAGAGUCCGUUACUGUGGCAUCUCUCAUAGAACCUGUGAUAUCACUCAGUCAGACUGUCCACAACUAUGAUACAUUUUUAAACGAAAUCAUAAUGUUCUGUGGCACUCAUUCGCACAAAUGUCUCUCAAGUGAGGCAGGGAUUUGAUGUUUCGAUGGGUGCCAUGUAAACUCAAAUAUUGCGUUGUAACACUUGAGGUUCACAAAGUAAAAAUCACCUGUUAGUAAUGCUGCGACAAGGGCGGGUUAAAGAAACAUCAUGGCUUAAGGCCUAACAAGGACCACCAGUCCAUAUGUUGUGAUAGCUUUUGACCACCGACUGUGUGAGGGGCAACCAGCAAGCAACUACGUGUCAGCUUCUUGUAUGACAAUGUUGUGAAACAAAACCGCACCUGAUGCCUUUUUUUUUUUUUCCCUCUAGUUGGAAAGUGCAUAUUGCGAAUAAAAUGUGUGAUGCAAAUCAACAA